GCUCGUGCAAUCAAGCUUUCUGCACCAUUCUCCUCCACAAGCUUGCUAAAUCAGCGGUGCCAACAGGGCUAGCUCAGGAUAGCUUUCAGGGAUUCUCGGAGAUGGCGGCGGAGCUAGCCGGCCAGAUGUCUCCGGCGGCCUGGGUCAGUGAGAUCUCGCACUGCUCGGCGCAGGCAAACGCGAAUAAGACUCAUGUCAUCCUGGACCUCCGGCCAGUGUUGUUUGGCUCUAUUGCAAAGCACGCCGACACUAUCAUAAAGCUCUUGGAGAGCUAUGAGGGUGAGAGGCUAGGCAGGAAGCCGCCGGGAGGGCUAUCUCGUCGAGCCCGAGGUAUAGACGGAGGAGGAGUAACGUGGCACGUCAUCGAGACAGCCAAGCUCGUCGCCGCAGACAAUGGCUUAGUUGCCACCGGCAAAGACGCAACAUACACUGUCUUGGACCGCGGCUCAAAGCUCCAGGGCGCUCUCUCUGCCCUCUUCGGCAAGAUGUGGGACUAUCCGCCGCUGAGCGACAUAGUGCAGGAUCACACUCGCUUUAUGCUCAUCGCCACUUCCAUCAAGGCAGUCUAUGACCACACGGCCCGCAAGAUGGAGCUGCAGGCCAGACUUGUCGUUGCGCAGGACGGCAAACAUGUCCGCGUCAAGCACAACUGCGGCGACUCGCCGACGUACCUGCAGCAGCAUCCGGAGCUGGCCCAGACGGCAACGAAGCGUCAACGAACUCAGCAUCGUAGCCUUCCACCGAGUCGGGCCUCCCGAGUCGAGCCUUCUGCAGCUCCUACGCCAG